AGAACAUAGAAUUUCAAUUUUCUCUCUCUCAAUUAUAUUGAAACACAAUUCUGUCUUUCUCUCUCUUUCUCCCUCAGAGACCCUUUUGAUCUCGUUGGCUUUGAUCGGUUUUCGUUUGGGCACUGUUUGAAGAAAUCCGGUUCGUUCUUCGAUUAUAAUCCCUUUGUUUAUGACAACUAGGUAUCACUUGUGACACCAAUGGGGCAAAGAAACAUGCUAUGCCCUAGUCAGAUGAUUGAUUUGGAAAUGAAUCAACAAGGGGAAGGUUAUCUCUGUCCCCCACCCUCCAUCCAUUUCGGGGGCGCAACCAAUAUCCAUCAACCUAAUGUUCACACAAUGAUAACAGCUUCCGGGACCAGUUUUGAUGCCCAACAUUUACCUGAGCGCUAUGAUAAUGCUGCGUUCUACGGGAUGGCCCAGUACAGUGGUGUUCAGCAUCAUCAUAAUCUUGAUUUGGGCGUCACAACUCCUUCCAACUAUUAUUAUUCUUACAUGACCCCCUCAUCGAGUUCUGGGGUGUUACCUGUUCCUCUAAAUCAUGGGGCUUCUGAUCCACUGCCAUCUUCUAGCCAUUAUGGAACCAUUGGAGUUUCUGCAGAUGAGUAUGGCAGGAAUAGUCGCAUCAUGGAUGAUGUCCGAGGUCCAUGCAAGAGGAAAAAUCCUGAAGGCCUACCAGGGAAUUUCCAAUAUUUUAAUGCCUCUGCAACCUCUAGUUCUUCAGUGCCUCCUUUGAAUAUAAGGAAUCCUGAUGGGGUUGCUGUAAUGGAUGCAGUAACCUUUGCCAUGCCUCAGUAUGUGGGAACUGGCAAUCUACCAAUUAUGGAAGCAGGACCUCAGAGUAGUAUGAGGAAUAGGUCAUCUACAACUGGGCUUGAUUCUUCUAUGACACAUGACCAUAACCAUCUGAAUCAAGGAAAUUAUGUGGGUCAGCGCUUUCAGCCAGCUGGAACUCUUUGGUUGGACCAACAUUUAACUAUCAACAAUGGAGAUGGAGGUGCUUCAGCCUGGAAUCAAGCUCCUAAUAUUCCUUUUAUGCAUGGUUCCAUGGACAGUGCGAACUUGGGUAUUCAAAGAUAUCAUGAUUCAUCUAGCAACAGAAGUUCCACCAUUCUCCGGCAUCCUCCUCCGCUCAACCACCGGCAUCAUAGUCAGCAUGUAGUAGCACCACCCAUGCAAGGAUUAAGAGGCCACAAUCUUAAUUUUCCUCCCCAGGGAGCCACGACAGCUUCAUAUAGAUUACCCACAAGUUCCUCGCGCAGCACAAUGAAUCCUUCUCAGAAUGGUUUGGAGAUUGGUCGUCGGCAACCAGGACUUGUUCCACCAAAUGGCUUCAGGAUAUACAGGCCUCAGCAAGGAGUUACUCCUGAGACAGCUCUAAGACACCAGAACCUUCCCCACUUGAGAGUUCUUCAGGCUGAUGAGGGUGUCAUAGUAGAUGUUCCAAACUUCUAUAGCAGCUUUCUUGACCAGCACAGAGACAUGCGCUUGGACAUAGAGGACAUGUCAUAUGAGGAGCUUCUUGCACUGGGGGAGCAAAUUGGCCAUGUAAGCACUGGAUUGUCUGAGGAGAGAAUUAAAAAACAACUAAAGACAAGGACUUAUUUAUCAUCUUCUACAAAUUUUAAUCUGGAAGAAGCUGGAUGCUCCGAUAAGGAAGCUGAUUCUUGCAUUAUAUGUCAGGAUAAUUAUAAGAAACGUGAGAGGAUAGGAACUCUUCAUUGUGGACAUGAGUAUCAUGUGGAUUGUUUAAAGAAGUGGUUGCUUGUGAAGAAUGUGUGCCCCAUCUGCAAAUCUGAAGCAUUGACGACCACCGGGAAGAAGAAUGUAUAGAAAUGGGGUGACAGUUGAAUGACAAAGGGCUUCCUUCCUUUGUUAUGCUAAUUUUCUUUUGUUAUGUAUUUUUGUAUAUGCACUCAGCAUAUAUAUAUAAAUAUACUGACCAACAGUAACACUAUCCCAGCUCAAUUAUUUGUUGGCUUUUCGAAAACAUUGGUCAUGUAUCUAUCAAACUUGUACAGACUUUUUUCAAUUUUUUUUUUUAUAAUUCAGUCUUCAUGUGCUGUAUAACUCUUGGUAAUUAUGCCACAUUCUUGUUCAUUUGUGUCCAUUCUUUUUUUAUUA